UUACAGCCGUAACAGAUCGGACUGAACCUUGUUGGAUCCCGUCAUCACAAAAUGCAUCUCCUUACACUGAUCUUUGGGAUUGUUCUUCUCCCUAAAGCCCACAGCCUGAAAUGUUAUGAGUGUGUACCGGAAACCCCAGGAAACUGCACCGCAAAAGAAUGCCCUUUGCCAGGUCAACAGUGUAGUGCAUUAAGUUUUACUUCAUCUGCAGGUGGUUCAACAAUUGUUGAUGUCAAAUCCAAACGCUGUGCUUUGACUGCCGAGUGUGUUGAGGCCUCAGUCAACUUCGGAAUCUCUAAAAUCUUAAUUAACAACACAUGUUGCAACGCCGACUUCUGCAAUGACAAACUUGCGUCUGUGCCCAUCAAAUCCAUUCCAAAUGGUAACAAGUGCUUCCAAUGCAAAGGACACGACUGCACCGCAACUCUAAACUGUGAGGGAACUGAGGACCACUGCAUCUCAACCAAAAUGAAUAUAGGAGGUGAAUCCAUUACCAUGAAGGGCUGUGUCUCCAAGUUGAUGUGCUUAUCUGAAACUAAAAAGAUGUCAGGAGUCAUCGCAACAGAAAUGAGCUGCUGUCAGGGGAAUUUCUGCAACAGCGCCGGCAGCACAAGAGCUGGCCUUCUGCUCCUGGUGGCACCGCUGGUCUCUUUGGGCGUGCUCUCUUAAAUGGUUGAUAGCAGCAUCAUUUGUUUUUAUUACAAUUGUCAAGAAUAUUUUGAUGUUAUUGAUAAAAAUUAAAAAUAAGCUAUGUAUUCUGAUUUUGGUCCUCUAAAUCCUGUCUAAAUCAUUUAAAGUGUUUGUGGGUGUGUCAGUUAUUCAGAAUAUUCCGUUUUAAGGUUGUUACACGUAAAAGUUGCCGUAACUAAAU